CGCGCCAGCCGCAGACCGCCGAGUCCGACAGCUGUGCACGCGCGCGGGCCGGCGACGGCAAUUAACGCUGUAGGCCCGUCAAACACGCGCGUCUACCGAACGUGACGCGCGACCCGAGCAAAAAUGGUAUCGAGUGGCAGCUACCACAGCUGUUGCUUCGAUCCGCUGGAACUGAACGCUGUUAUUUGGCGUCGUGUGCGCAGCGCCAAGGUAAUCGACUCGACGGCAUGCGAUAUUGUCACGGUGUCGCGGUUAUUGUUAAACGGCAAAUAAUAACGGGCGCGUUUUACUGAUUACGGCGCGUGUUCCCUCGCGGGCGGACGGCCCAAUAACGUGGUGUGCGCGAAAUCGGUUUAGAGGAACGGAAAAAAAAACCGAAUAAAAAUCGCCGGUCGAUCGUUCGUUACCGCUGUGAAUUCUCCGUACUUUUAACGCGCAUUUCCAAUGGCGUCGAUCGAUUAUUGCGGGAACCGCCGCGGCCUUGGCAUUCAGUCGGUGUGAUGUUUGCGUCCGUCACGACGACAAUAGUACAAAUUUUAAGCGACGUGGGUACCUAAACGAUUGUAUUGUAAUAGCAUUCCGUUGUGUUUUUUUUUUCUCUCUAUCCAAUACGUUCUAGUUUUAAACUAGAUAUGGGUACCUAUCUAUAUGCCCGCGAAACACUGUCGUCUGCAGCAUAAAGUCCCGCGAUCUCUCGUUAAUAUAAUAUAGACAAUACGGAAAUCAGGUAUGGUUCUUUACAUUAUUAAUGGGAAAUUCACUCCGUACAUUCAAUAAAUUCCAGACGUUUUAAUCGUUGUUGGACAUAAAUACGCUAGAUCGCGCCAACGGUGCUCAGGUAAAUAACCUUAACACUCUCCUAUUACGUACUGAGCGAAAUUGUCUGCAUGUGAAUGAGUUUCUGACCGAAAUACUUGUUGCUCCCUAGACGAGAAUAAGCAUUUUAAGUUGUGAUAUUUCACACAAACACACCUCGCUGAAAAAUGUAAAUAACAGUUAAAACCAACGUAUAAACACAAAUAAUGUUUUUCCCUCCAAGUUUAAUAACAACGAUUCAACGAUAAUCGAAAUGUAAUCGGGGAAAUUACGACGAAUAGUAAUCAUAUAUGUGCCUACCCAAGUAAAAAAUUUUAAAAAACCGUUUUUGAUAAAACAAUUAUUAUAAAUAAAGACAUUAAUCGUGCCCAUGCACCCAAAUUAGGGAUACGCUAUAACGAUACAGAUUGGCGAUAUUAGUGUUUUUUAAGAGGGGUGCAGUAGUCAAAAGCUGCAGUUCAAUUUUUGACAAUUUUCGUUUCGAUUUUAACUUGGAUCCGGUGCAAAACUCAAAAAACGUAGCAUAAUUCGUAGCAAAUAAUGGUUAAAUAUUAAUAUAACUUGCCGGUUUUUCACGUUGGUUUAACACUUGUAAGCUGUCAGAAUUAUAAAUAACUGAGUCGUUAAUUUUUAAUGGCACUUACAUGAACUUAAAUAACAAAUCCUGUAGCGUUAUUGCGAAACGAAAUUUUAAAAUGAAAAAUUAUAAUGUCGUUAACUACGAAAGUACGCUUUACGAUUAUAUAGUUCACACUUGGAAAAAAACAAACUUCAAAAAGGCAAUAACCCAUCGUGACCGACUACAAUGUAAUGUGCUCAAAUUUGUUUGGAACCAUAGAUAUAAAUAAAUGCGAUGACAAGUAUAGUAACGGUAAUUUAUCGUUUUUAAUUUUAAACGCAUGCUCUCGUUUAAAAAAAUGUAAAAUUAAACCGUCUAGCACGAGAAUGAUCUCGAGUCCCGGGACCAAGAUUUUAGAUUCUGAGUGGAGCGAAGAAGCUUGUGGUCUUACAAAGAUAUUUAUUUUUUUUUUCUGUGUACAACUUUUCUACCAGAGAUCUUGCUCCGAUUUUUAAGUGUAGCAAGUUUUCUAAAAAAAAUUUGACUGUGAGCGUACUUUAAGGAGGUCAUUUUUUGAUUUUUCCAGGAGUUUUCCUAAUAAAUGGGAAACACCGGGAAAAAAUAUUAGAAAAACCGGGACAAACGAAGGAAAAUUGGGAAAAUCGAUACAACAUUAAACAAAUAUUAUUAAAGAAAAUGUAUAAAGUCUAUUUAAUUAUUUUACUAUAAAACGAUACAUAUAUUUUUGACAAUGAAUCACUGUCAACUGAACUCCGCUCAGAAUCAUGUUUUCGUAAGGAAUGGUUAAUCGGAUAUAUAUUAAAUUAAAUGUUGCACCCGUCCCCAAUUUCCUAGGACGUCUUUUUUUUUUUUUAUUUGAGCACUGAAAUAAAUAUCGAGGUGCUUCGGGAAAGAUAAGCCAACCCCACGUUUCAAAUCAAGUCCUCAUCAAAUAAGUACAAAGUUUGCAUAUAUUAUGAGGGGCUUCAGCCCACCAGUGGCGCAGAUUACAGGGUCUUACCGGGAUGAACCCCACAGCAUUUUUUGAAGAUAAGUCAUAGGAAGGUUAGGAUAAUUGUAACGUUAGGUUAGGUUAGGUUAACCUUCCCAUUUUUUCUCCGUUUUUCACAAUUUUUCCAUUUAAUGGGAAAACUCCUGGGAUUAUCAAAAAAUAACCUCCCUAAGUUACCAUGGAGAUAAAAUUACCUUUCAAAAAAUAAGCUACACUUAAUACACCCGAUGAAGAUUUUUGUUAGAAAAGUUUGCACAACAAAUCGAGGGGUAUUUUGCGAUUAAAAUAGUCCGAGCGAACGAUUGCUUGGGUUUCCAGAUACAAACAAAAUUUAUUUUUUCUUGUUUAGAUAAAAGGACAAAAAAAUGCAAAACGUUUUUUUUGAAACGCGGGAAAGUAGGUAUAUAUAACCAUUCAGCUAUAACAAGCAUUACAUACCUUAAAGAAGACAAUAUUUAGUUAUUUUACAUAACAUAUAUUAUCUGCGUAAUAUCAGAACUUCAAAAAGCUUUAAUUUUGAAACUUAGUCAGUCCGCUCAAUUAUGACUUCAUCAUCGUUCUUAAAUCGUUGAUAUACAUAUGUUCAAAUAAAAAAAUAAAUCAGAUUGUUUCAUAUCAUUUUUUACUCAACGAUUUUCGUCAAAAUUUGAUAUUAAAAUUUCUUUUAAAAAAAUAAUACUACAUUAAACUCGAAUUUUCUUUUUUUGACCACAAAAUAAGACUCCUAAUAAAACUCCAGUUAAAUUUUCAAACAUUUCUAUUAAGUCUAAUAAUUUUACCACAGAGUACCUACUGAAUAAAAAUUAUGUAAAAAACUCGCAAAAUUUAAAUUUCUAUAAAUAGCUCAAAAAUGGCUUAAAUUAUUUAAAAACACGUCUAAAAAAGGCAAUUCUAAAUUUUCUUUCCAAAUUUUAAGUCCAUAGAGUCGAUACGAAUAUUUUUAAGUAAAUUUCAAAAAAAAAAAUAUUAAAAUGUUUAUAUUCAGUUUAAAAAAUAGCAAAAAUGUUUAGAAAAUUUUACCAAGUCUAGAAAAGGCAAAUAUUAGUUUUCUCUCCAAAUUCUAUCCGAAUAUUUUAAACUGAAUUACAACAAAUAAUAAAAGCAUAAUUUUCGUAAAUUUCCCGUUUUUCUUACGUUUUAUCCUGAUUUUUCCCAGAUAUUAUGUAAAUCGCUUGGAAAAUCAAUAAAUUACCUCCCAAAAGUACCAUCUUUCAGAAACGGUGUCGCGCGUACAUAUAUAUCUGAAUAUAUCUGAGCAAGAUUUCUUGUAGAAUUUUCGUGCACAGUAUAUAUAUAAAAAAAAAUAAACAUGUUAGUACAUACUACACUCAGAAUCUAAAACUAGGGUUGAAAAUCUCCCUAUAAAUAUUUUAUAGAAGUGAUAAAACAAAAUCACCCUGUAGAUACAUCUGUCAUCACCGCUGUUUGUACUCGUAUACAGUAUAUCCCGCGACUAACAAUAAACGCAUCAUAAUCAGCUCAGCGGGGAUGUUAGUCUUAUCGUCGUUUUGAUUUUAUGGGAGUAAUAUGAAAUCUACAAUAAAUUGUUUAUAGUUCGUCGGCCAAGUUUACAAACGAAAUUUUGAAAAAAAAAAAAAAUCUUCGUCUACGUUUAAUAAUAUCACGCGAUAUUUUUCCAGGUCGGACGGUGACGCGGGAAAUAUUUUGACUGAAAAUUCAACGCGGAAAACGACACGAACGAGGAAAAUAUACUUCACGACAAAACGAUUUCCGAGAUUUCCGUGUUAUCGGUCGUCUUAAGACCAAUAGAACAAAAAAAAAAAAAAAUGAAACUACAAUAAGACAUAUUUUAUCGUCCGUAUCAAAGAUGUCAACAAUUGUCGCCUUAAGGUCACGAUUUUCGACAUUUCUCAGAACGGCCGUACGCGAUUUUUCAAUAAUAAUAACGUAACUAUCACCUUCGUUGUUUUUAGCCGAUAUCGUUUACGCCCAUUAUUAUUCACCUUUGUGUUCGAAUUGAAUUUUAUCUGCGACCUACGAACCGCCGCCGCCCGCUCGUUAUCAGAGAUGCGAUAUAUCCACCGAGCUGAUUACAUGCUCCCGCGGGUAUAGCGAAGUGUGUAUUACACCACAGCUGGUGCUUAUGUUUUUUAUGUUUUUUUUUUUUCCUAUACAUUUUUGACACAUUCGCAAUGAUAUUAUUGCCAGUCGACGCGCGCGUGGUAUAACCGUUGAGCAAUUUUCGAUUUGUUCACCAAACGACGCGCGGACGGUAAAAUUAUUAUUGUAGAUCGUGUGAAUCCGCAGUAUUUUCAGUGGGGGGAGGGGGAAGGGAAGUAUGGGCAUUGAAAACCGAGUGGCUCUGGUCACUGGCGCGGCGUCGGAAAUCGGACAGUCCUACGUGAAAUAUUUACUCCUUAACAGAGCCAAGGUACCUAUGUUAUUAUAAAUUGCACGAUUUUUAAUACAUGUAUACAAUCAUUCGAAUUAUAUCGCCCGCGUACGAUAAUACGACGUAAAUCGUGUCAAAUUGUGAAAUUUCCGAAUAUCCCGCUCACAGGUGGUACUUUGCGACGUGCAUGUGGACAAGUGUCGAACAAUAGCCGAAGAUUUUGGCAAAGAGCUCCAGCACAUCAGCGCGCUUUCGAUAAAAUGCGACGUCACCGACGAAAUUGAAUUUGAAAGUAAGCCGUUCGAAAUUCUUUCGUUAUUGUUAUUUUCCGGUCAUAUUUUAACGUGAUCUGCAAACAAAACGCGACGUAUACAUUUUUUACGUUCGGAAUUCCGAGCGCCAAACGAGGAUUGUGGUGUGUGUUUGAUUUUUAUUAUAGACACUGUGUCUUUAGUAUUAGUAAUUGUUUUCUGUUCGCGACGAUUUCGUUUUACCGGAAAUCAUGUUCCGAUCGAUUUUAAGAGCGGUUUCCGGUAUCAAAUUUCGUCUACUUAAUACAGCAUUGAUGAGGGCGUCUUUUUCGAUUUUGUUUUCUUGUGGUUGUUCAGUUAAAAAUAACCGCGGAAACUCGAAACUUUCACAGAAUACUUUCACGAAUAUAAAGUUCUUAAACAAAAUUUUUAAUUUCAAGAAAAAUAUUAGAAUAAUUAAAUUCAUAUUCAAUUGAAAUUGCGUGAUUUCCAACUACGAUAUCGUUAUACCAUUUGUUUUAUUUAUGCCAUUAUUGUAGCAUUUUAUUUUUUGUUUGAGGAAAUAAAUAUUAGAUACCUAUAUGGUUUUUAAGUACAUGUUUUCGGAAAUAAAUAACAUUUUUUUGUUUUAUAAUGUCCGAGAUCACUCAGGUUUAAAGAUAUAAAAAUCAAUUACAUUAUUUUUUUCAGACGCUUUUAAAACGUGUUUGCAUUAUUUUGGUCAUUUGGACAUAGUAGUGAAUAACGCCGGUGCUUUCGACAAUUCUACUGAAAAAUGGUCCACUACGGUCAACAUUAAUUACGUAAGUUUCGUAGAAAUGUUUAAAAGUGUACUUGAGUUUAAUAAAUUAAUAUCGUAAAUUACCAUUGUGUUAAACGAAAACUAUAAAGGUUUUUGGAUACGCCCACCGAGUUAUUACAUUAUAAGUGUAGCGAAGAAGCCAUUAGUUUUUCUAAGUGUGCUUUUUUCUCCGAAAACACUUUUUCUGUCUCUACCGUGAACCGAUUCUUUCCAGUUUUCAACUCCCAAAUCUAUUUAAAUCAUUUUUCCAACACGUCGAUCAAUCUUUACCUAGAUCUUCUUCCUCGAGGCCACCAUUACAUUACCGCUCUAACUGUGUCGUUUUCUCCUCUAUAAUGUAGAUAUUUUGGUUGUUUGGUAGACGUAUUUAUAGUCGAUUUUAUUAUAAUCUCAGGGUGGUAUCGUACGGGGCACCUUGCUGGCCAUUAAGUAUAUGGGAAUCGCAAACGGAGGCAAUGGCGGAACAGUAAUUCAAACGACAUCUUCGAUGGUGUCCAGCGGUGGUAUUCAUUAUAUUCCGAUGUAUAAGUCUACGAAGAAAUGUGUAAUCGAAUUUACGAAAACCUUCGGAGUAUGUCCACUUAUGUUCCAAAAAUGUUUGUAAUUUUGAAUUUAGUGUUGUUUUUUUUUUUUACUGGCUUUUGAAGGGUACACGUAAUUUUGGUCUUCAUGGCGUCAGGAUUAUAACACUGUGUCCGGAAUUAACCGAUGUAAAUUGUACAAGAGAGAUUAACGAACGUGAAAUGACCAACGAAAAUCUUAUCGAAAACCUCGAUAAAUUACAUAGACAACUGAUAUUACAAAAGUAAGCAUUUUUUUAAAAAUGUAUUGAAGUUAUUAAUUUUUGAAAAAUUUGAAGUAGGUAUUAAAUUAUUUUGUUUCGGGACGAACACACUUAACGCAUCAAAUAUUUGUUUAAAUUAUUUUUAACUAGUUUAAAAUUGUUUGAAGUAAUAAUUAUAUAAAAAUAUCAUAGUUGCAAUGCCAUCUAGCGGUAAAGUUUCGUAUACGCGUUUCGAAUGUAAACCUACGAGCGGAUGUUUAAUGUAUCAUUUUAUUUCUCCAAAGUUAAAUUAUUUUUAACAUGAAGACUUAUUUUAUUCAUAUUUUAUUAAAGACGACGUUUAUUUCAAUUUAAAAGAAAAAAUACGAUAUUAUAAUAAAUUAAAUAUAUAUAAUAACUAUAUAUAAGGACUUUAAAGAAUGUUAAAUUCGAAUUUAGCUUGGAGAAAAUAGUGAAAUUCCGAUUUUUCCAUUCAAAUUUUAAAUCUCCAUUAAUGUAAUUAAUACUUAUUUUUUUUUUCCACCAAUUACUUAUAGUAUUAUCAUUUGCCCACAGGUCGAAUCACGUGGGAAACGCUUUGAUUGAGAUUUUGGAUUUAGGCAAAACCGGAGAAACCUGGAUCGUCGAAGAAAACAAAUCUCCGCGAUUAUUGGUCAAUUAUUAAUAUAAGUAGCGGGUUUCUUUUUAAUUAUUAUAAAUAAUACAUGUAUUGAUGAUUAAAAAAAAACAACUGGUAUUUAAUUUUAAUUAUUUUCAUUAUAAACGUUAAACGUGUACACGUUUAGAAACCCGUACUGUAUAUACAUUUAUUAAAUAUUUACAAUACGAUUACGUCCAAAUUAAUAUUGGCUUUAUGUACAGUAGACUCUAAUAAUAUUAUACUGUCAAUUAUAUUAAACAAAUAUCCUAUAUAAAUAUACAA